AUGAUUCCCCACGCCAAAACUAUGGAGGAAGCUUUGGACUCUGAAAUAAGAUAUCAGAACCUUAAAAUUAUUAACCCGGUUGUUAGCCCUUUGUUGUUAUACAGAUACUCUUUCUUCGUCAGUAUGAAUCUGCCACCAUCUGAUGGGUUUUCUAUAGGAUCAUGUUUAAUUCCUCGGUCUACAAGACUACCCUGUGGUAAUGGAUCCAAUUUAGAAGAGCACUGUCAUAACCAGUGCUGCUUUGAUCUCAAUCUCCAUGUCUGUUAUCAUCGUCUACCCUCAAGAUUUUCCUAUAUAAUGAAUCAGCCUUGGAAUGAAAAUAUAACCAUGUCACCACGGAUAGCCACAGAACCUUUCGCCUUUCAGAACAGUAUACCUGUGGUCAGAUUGUCUGUAGAUGAAAUCACAUCUACACAUAUGUCUCUCACGUUUUACAAUUCAAGAAAUGCAUCUUUUAAUGGAAGGAGACUUCAAACCAAGGAAUACUCGUAUACAGUCACGUCACCGGAAUUGAACAUCGAAGUAAAAACAUCAAAUAGGACAAUUUUUAACACAGCAAGUGGACCUUUCAUAGCAUCGGAAAAUAUUUGGGAGAUGUCCUUUUUAUUGACCAACGAAACGAUGUACGGAUUGGGCGAAAUACCGUUACAAAAGAACAAUACGAAAGUCAUAUACAGUCACAAAGGCGGAUUUAGUUCCGUGCCCCUGAUAUUCGCUAAACUUAAUAACUCCUAUCACGGUUUACUUUUCGAUACUAAUGAUCCCACAGAAGUUUUCAUUUCAUUGGAAAAUCAUGUAGUUGUUCGAAGUAUCACGAACUUCGGCUUGAAGUUUCACUUGUUUACUGGACCAGAACCAAAAGAUAUCAUGAAGGACGUUAUGGCCAUAACUGGGAAAUACAAUAAGUUGGAAUAUUGGAUGCUGGGCGUACAUAUUUGCAGUGAAGUUCCAGGUUUGGAGUUAAAUACAUUUUUAACAAAUGCAACAGCUGAAAAAGUGCCAUUUGACAGUCAUUGUGGUGUCCAACCUAUUGUUUUUAAUAGUGAUCAAUGUAACAGCAAUGACAUAAACAAUAUCGACGCUAUAAAUUCUGGUUCUAAAUUGCUCGAAAAUGCUCAGAAAAAAUUCGUACCUCAUGUUUCUCCUUACAUUCGUAUUGAAAUAAAAAAUGACACAGAUAUACAAAAUACGACCACGUAUAGUGACUAUAACGUAAGUUGUGAAAUUAUGCCGCAAUUUGAUAAAUUAAUGUAUCGAUCACCAAAUUCUCAUGAAGUAUACACCGGGAAGAUCGAUGAUUUUGAUGUCAUAUAUCCUAACUACAAGGACGCUCCACCAGAAUUCUUAGAGAGUUUAUGGGCUUAUGAGAAAAAAAUUGAUGGUAUUAUUCUCGAAAACAAUUGGCCAUUAGACGAAAAAGAGAAGGAUCUGAAAGAAAUGUCCUUACACCUGCCUUAUUUUAAUCAGUACUUUGAAAAUGCGUUCAACUAUACGCCACAAUGGAACUUAACACUGGCUGACAAUAAUCAAAGCUACCUCUUCCAACAUAACAGAUAUGGCAACCACUUUGUAGAUGCUUUCAAAAAAAGGACAAACGAUAUUCCUAUCUGGUCGAGUAGUGUCUGGUUAAAUUCUGAACCUAAUAUAAACAGACAAAGUAUUAAUGCUUCCUGGCUUAAUCUGAAUAAGGAACUGGUAAACGCAGCCCUAGGAGGAGUAUCUGGACAUUGGCUAUGGUCAUCACCCAUAUGUGGGGAUACAGAAUACUUUAAUCCAGAAACCCAAACGAACCUUUGCAUUAAAUGGUACCUAACAGCAGUGUACCUACCAAUGGUGAAAAUACAUUCGAAAGUGGUCCCAAGAUAUCCCACUGCUUUCGUGGGCACUCAUAAGACUUUGGCUAUACAGGCAAUAGGUAGAAGAUACAGUCUGUUGCCAUAUUACUACACUGUGCUCCAGGAAGGACCUUUACUUAGACCUAUGUUCUAUCAAUAUCCAGCAUCACAAGCAGUGCGAGAUUUGAGCUCUCAAUUUAACGUUGGCGAUAGUCUUCUCAUAGCUCCAAAUUUACUGCCUCUUCAAAGUCAUGUUCACAUGUGGAAACCUCCGGGCACCUGGUAUGAAUUGUGGAGCGGACUCAAGUUACAAGGUCAAGAAGGUGACGUACUUACAUUGUCUACAACGGACGCUGAUCUCAUGACUUUUAUUAAGGGAGGUUCUGUGAUACUAAUACAGAAGAAAACAGAAUUGUCAGCUACUGAAACAUUGCUUACUGACUUCAACGCAAUAGUCGCUUUGGAAUGUAUUGAGGAAAAUGUUUGCUCGGCGUCAGGGAAACAAUUUAUUACUGAUGGUCUGACAUUAGUGUUUGAGGCUAACGCUCAAAAUAUGACGAUAUCUGCUAUUGGUGACGAUUUCAUGCCCAUGUGCGAUUUCAAUUCUGGCACAUGGGGCUAUGACAUUCAACUCUAUAGUAUCUAUGGUUUACCAGAUGAGAUUAAUAAUCUGGAUAACCAGAGACAAGUGAGUCAGUUCACAGAUUUGUGCAAUUUAGAAUACGGCGACGACAUUGUUGUAAAAUUUGUCACUUAG